AUGGCCUCGCGAGCUCCCACCCUCCUAGAUCACUUCUACAUUCAACUGCAAAAGCACCCUUCAUCAGUUGCAAUUGAAGAUAGGACACAGUCUGCAGACCAGGAUGUCAAGAUUACAUAUGCCCAACUCGAUGCGCUCUCCGACAUUUGGGGCAAACGUCUUCGCCAGGCCGGCGUGGACAAAGGUUGGGUUGUUCCGCUUCUAUCGACAAGAUCAAUUGCAAUGGUAGCAGCUACGUUGGCUAUCUUGAAACUCCGCGCCACUUAUGUGCCCAUUGACAUAGACUCCUGGGGAAAGGAUCGAAUAGAAACUGUUCUCAGAACCGUCGACCCGCAGAUCAUCGUAUCAACGUCGGCAUGCUCGAAGGACCACUACUUGUACCCAGUUGUCUCAUUGGAGCGGAUCGAUUUUGGCGAGACUGCGACACGUAACGGCCUGCAACAUACACACAAUGACGACGGUCUUGAUGAUAGGGAAGACGACCUGGCAUAUAUCAUCUUCACAUCGGGCACAACUGGGAAACCGAAAGGAGUGAAGAUAAGUCAGAGAUCGAUUUCUCGCUACGUCAAAGAAGGGGGUGACUUGCCAUUUAAUUUCAACACCGAACAUGGCACAAGGGUGUUGCUUAUUUGCUCCAUUGCAUUUGAUGUGUGCGCCGGAGUUGUCUUCAACACGCUCUGCAACGGGGGAACCCUCGUACUGGCCGACCCGUCUACCUUUGAAGCCGCGGCCAAAAUAUGCCAUGUCUGGCCGCUGACCCCAAGCAUUCUCGCUACACUGGAUCCCAAGGCGGGCUUCGAUACAGUGGAGAAGAUUUUCCUCGGUGGUGAAAGCCCUAGCCCAUCCUUGAUAGAGGCAUGGUCCUCUCCCCACCGACGCCUCUACAAUUCGUACGGGCCUACAGAGACAACGUGUACGACGCUUAUGGGCGAGCUCCUUCCAGGAUCUCCGAUCACAAUUGGGUUUCCGAUAGCAUACAGUACUGUCAUGUUACUUGAUGACGAUGGUUUGGACUCUACGGAAGGGGAAAUCUGCAUCGCUGGCCCAGGUCUCGCACCGGGGUAUUUCCUUGAUCCACAUCGUACAGACCGCACUUUCAUCGAUAGGAACGGGGUCAGAAUUUACAAAACUGGUGACUAUGGCAAGCGUACAAAGAACGGUCUCCAGUUUUGUGGUCGCAGGGAUAGCUUGGUCAAGAAUAGGGGCUUCUUAAUCAACCUCGAAGCAGAUGUCGAACCUGCUUUACAGUCCUAUGACAAAGUGGACAGCGCAUCGGCCUUCAUGUCCGAGGGUCGACUAGUCGCCUAUGUCACGCCUACAUCUGCGAAUGACGGACUUCGCGAUUAUCUGGCGAAAUCAGUAUCUUCAUUUCUCAUCCCGGACACGAUAUAUUCCCUUGAUGAGUUCCCCACAACAAGCAAUGGGAAAGUCGAUCGACUGAGCCUGAUACGCAUGCACCAACUGGAGCAAGAACAAGGCACGGCGAGUCUUGAGAAAGGUCUUAGUGCGGUGGACGCAGUCUGCCGAGGACUGUCCCAUGUCCUGCGACUGCCAGAAUCCCAAAUUCUUCAGGUUUCGUCUUUCCGUCAGCUUGGGGGCCAUUCCCUAGCCGCAGUCAUGCUAGUUUCGGUGUUGAGGAAAAUGGGGUUCGCUAUCAAUGUCGCCCAAGUCCUUUUGUUGGAUUCAGUCGAGAAUAUAGCUGCCGCCGCCGUGGAGUUGAUCGAUGUCCCUUGUGCUUUGCAUCCCCCGGACAAUUCGAUAGAACGGCCAAGCCGUGAUACAGCCGGAAUUCGGGCGCCUGAAAACGGGACUAUCAUACCGAUGACCGACAUGCAAAUCAGAAUGCUUGGUGCUACUGUUGCCAAUCCGGGUCUCUCAUUUAUCAAGACAUCGUUUACUUUUGAUCACCCGGAAAAACAAGACCUGACAGCCACUCUCCAUGCUGCUUGGACUCGUCUGCAUCAGCGCCAUGGGAUUCUCAGGACUACAUUCAUCCUGACUUCAUUAGGUGGAUCCCAAGUAAUAUCCGAGGACUCCAGCUUUGCGUGGGAGGAGCAAUUUGUUGCAGAGUCCGAAUGGGAAUCAGUAUGUCGACGCAAAGAGAUCUUGGACAUGGCUGAAUUCGGAAGUUUCGACGCGGAAGACCGAACCUCAUUAUCGAGGGUUGAAUUGAUUAUUGCUCCCAACAAGCGAACCCGAUUCAUCUGGACAGUCCAUCACAGCUUGGUUGACGGAUGGUCGAUGGCGACAUUGAUGCGGGAUAUUGCCUCCUAUUUGGACGAUAAAACCCUCCCGGCACCACCACAGUUUGCUCAAGCCGCACAAGCGAUAGGCCAGCUCAAGCUUGAGUGCUCGGAUAGAGCCGUUGCAUUCUGGAGAGAAUACCUGGAUGGAUAUACUCCCGCGCAGAGGCUUCGAGUAUCACCACCUUCUGACGUGACCGACUAUACGCAAGGAGAUUUCUCUCAAAAACUCACUGUCAACGUACCUGAGCUGGAGGCUGCCGCCAAGAAUCAAUUUGCAGUCACACCGGCAACACUUCUCUACGCUGCUUGGGCACUUCUGAUCUCCAGAUAUACAGGCACAGACCGCGCAGUGCUCGGAGCUGUACUAUCUGGUCGAGCCUUACCACUAUCUGGUGCGGAGAACAUUGUUGGCCCACUGAUCAACACCUUGCCACUAGCAAUAGACACGCAGGAGAACCAGUCGACCUACGGCUUUGUGCAAUCUGUGUUUAAAAGCGUGUGUGAUAUCUUGGAAUUCCAGUGGUCUCCUGUCGCAUUAAUUCAGGAAGGCUGUGGAUGCAAUCCGGCAGAGCUCCUGGAGACACUUUUUGCGUUGCACACCGAUGGCCAAUUCGACGCGCGAUUCAUAUAUCGUCGGUCACACUUCGGUGAUGCAAUUGUCCAGAGAAUGGCCCGCCAGUUUGAUAAUGUCCUUGCGGCUCUGGUUGCUGGACCAUUAGACACCGAUUUGAGCAAGAUCAUGGAGCAAAUGCUCACAGAGCGGGAGUAUAUAGUGACCGGAAUUUCGGACAAGCGACUCUGGUCUCGCAAGGCGCCAGAAAACCUAGUGGUGGCUAUUGAGAGUUCCAUCCAAGAGCAUCCUGACAUCUAUGCUGUCGAAAGCUCGACGGGGCAUGUCACAUAUAGGGAGGUUGGGAGGCUGACGGAACAUAUUGUAUGGCAUCUUUCACACUACAUUCAGCCUGGAAGCGUGGUGUGCAUGGUUAGUGAUGGCUCCAUUUCCUGGCUGCUUGCCAUGAUUGCAAUAGUCAGAGCUGGAGCUAUCUACUGCCCAGUUGAUGCAAAGCUGCCUCGCGAUAGAAAGGACUACAUGGUUUGCAACAGCAGAGCGUCGUUGAUUCUGUACGCCAAUUCCAGCCAGGAUCCUGUGUGCGACGGGGUCCAGUCUCUAAACAUGGAGUCUCUUAUGGCGGCAAUCCCUUCAUCUUCCAGAUCACAAGGAAUAAACAGCCGCAAUCUUCCCAGCGGUGAUGAUGUCGCAUGCUUGAUUUAUACUUCAGGAAGUACGGGCUUGCCGAAAGCGGUGCAGCUGCAACACAAAGGUAUCCUAAACGUGGUCUCUCAGCCUGAAGGACGAUUGUACUCCCGCCCAGGCCAACGCAAUGCCCAGAUGCUGUCCCUCGGGUUUGAUUGCUGCAUCAAAGAGGUCUUCUCGACCAUCUGCUUUGGUGCAACCCUCGUCCUCAAAGACCCCGAGAACACUAUUGCCCAUCUGGCGAGAGUUGACGCCACGAUGGCAACUCCGUCCCUACUUGCAACCCUGGAACCGACCGACUACCCCAAUCUGAAGGUCAUUACUGUUGCUGGAGAAGCUAUGUCCCAGGUCCUCACCGACAAAUGGGCGGCCGGAAGAAUUCUCAUCAACGGCUAUGGCCCUGCUGAAUGCACUUUGAUAUCCACAACAGCGACCUUACGCCCGGGGAACAGUGUGUCGAUCGGUAAACCGUUGCCGGGCUUGAGAUGCUACCUUCUGGAUCCAAACCGACGUCCCGUGCCAAUGGGGGUCAGCGCGGAACUAUACAUCUCGGGACUUCAGGUCACUCCGGGAUACCUUCACAACGAGCAAGAAACAGUCAAGCGCUUCCUUGACGACCCCUUCAACCCAGGCCAAGCUAUGUUUCGGACAGGAGACAUUGUAAGGCUUCUGGAGGAUGGAGGUCUCGAGUACAUCGGACGAGAAGACAAUCAAAUCAAACUUCGCGGUUUCCGCAUUGACCUUGGGGAGGUCCAAAGCACAAUCUCCAAACUAGCAUCGGAGGCUAACAACGUGGCAAUCGUGGUGUCUAAUGGAAACUUGAUUGCAUUCAUGACACCCGAGACCAUUGAUGUCAAGAGAUUGGCCAAAAGCCUUGAAUCCCAGCUCCCACAGUACGCUGUCCCACAUCGAAUCAUCGCGCUUCCAACUCUGCCUACCUCAGCAAAUAACAAGGUCGACUUGAAUGCAUUGCAGAGAUAUUUGACAAGCCAAAGGAAUGGCGGUGCCGCCGUUAAAGACCUCCAAACAGACACGCAACGCACUGUGGCGGCGAUAUGGGCACAAGUACUUGGGCUGGAUUUGAACGAGAUGCCCAUCAGCCCACGUGAUCGUUUUUUCGACCUCGGAGGGCACUCUUUACUACAGAUCAAAGUCGCUCAAGCCAUUUCAAAACGCUGGGACAUCCAGCCGUUGCCACUGAAACAAGUGAUUCGCCACCAAAGCCUCGAGGAUUUGUCUCUUGCUGUUGACCAGCUUGUGAGUAGCCCGGCAGAAACCGUCACAACGAUGCCCUUCCUCCGAAUGGUUCCGGUUGCACGGGACGGCCAGCUUCCACUCUCGUACCUGGAGAAAGAGAUGCUUCUCAACCACCUCAUAUCUGGAGGUUCACCAGCCGCAAACAUGAGCUUCGUUUGCAAGAUUACGGGCGACAUUAACGUCGAAUCCCUGGCAGACGCGUUCCAGAAGGUUACUGUAAAUAUUGAGGUUUUUCGUACCAGGUACUCAGUUAUGAACGGCACGCUUUUCCGGCGACAGGCUCCAGCAACUGUCCGGGUCCCUCGUGUGGUCCAAACAGGCAAUCUUAGCUCGUUUAUUCACGGCAGAAUUACAAAGUGCUUCGAUCUAAGCACAGAACCACCGGUGGAUGUCUCGAUUAUCAUAGGAACUCCCAUGCAGGCCACAUUGGUAGUUGUGAUGUCUCAUGUCGUCGCCGACGCCACCACGAUGACCGUUUAUCUCAACCAAGUUUCCAGGGCAUACGAGCUUUUGGGAUCCAGUUCCCAAGCUACCACCCCCGCCACUGUAGUCGAUCCUCUAUCCUACAUCGACUGGGCACAAUGGACUGCAGCGCUUCCACGAAGCCCUCAAGCCCUCGCAUUCUGGUCCUCGUACCUUUCUGAGCCCCCAAAGCCGUUAACCUUCGGCAACUCUUCCCCAACAGCAGCAACAUACAUUGGACUCACCCGCUCGUGGACAAUCUCCUCUUCAGUCUACCAUAGCCUGUCAAGCCUUGCGACCAAGGCUUCGGUAACGAUGCACCAGCUCGUCCUAGCCGCUAUAUUCUUUGCGUUACAGUGCGUCGACCGCCAGGACGACAUACUUCUCGCAGCCCCCUUCAUGCACCGCACUGAGCCUGGCACUGAAUCCCUCCCUGGCCUCUUCCUCGAUCGGCUCCUGCUCCGAAUCAAACGAAACCCUCACCAGAGCUCCAUCUUCGAAUUCCUCUCAUCCGUUCGCAAAUCUAGUCAACAGGCCCUUGCACACAUUCUCCCCUUCAGAGUCAUCUGCUCCCACCUUUCCCACAAGCCAAGUCUCAUCGAUCCGCUCUUCAAAGUCAUGGUAACCUAUCACACGGCCGCUGACCAACGACCCCUCCUAGAACUGCAUGGCACGGAAGUUCAGCCCAUUCCAUGGCCUCAUACCGGCGGUUCUAAGUUCCCGUUGACUGUAGAAUUCACCGAGACAACAUCCCAGAAUCUCCAGGUUGACAUGGAGUAUGAUGUUGGGUGUAUCAGGGAAGAUAUUGCACUGAGACUGGAGUUCGCACUUUCCUUUGCGUUACAGCUCAUGAUUUUGGAGACUGAGGUUGAAGAAAUCAUCCAGCUGGUCCAAAUGUCGUUUCGCUCUGGCGGGAAUGGCUCCGCCGGGCGCCCUGGACUGACUGGACCUGGACAGGAGGGUUCGGAUGUCAAUUUCACCAAUCAUGGCAACGGGGUGGAUGCCGCUACAGGACAAAAGGGGCUGGAGAGCAUCCUUGCGGCUGCAGUAUGUGAAUGUCUUGGGCUUGAGCCCGAGGUAGUGGAUGCGGAGAGGUCAUUUUGGGACCUCGGAGCUCAGAGUAUUGAUGCCUUGCAACUACAACACAUGUGCGAGAAACGGGGUGUCAGGAUCAGACUACGUGAUAUCUUUGUAACUAGAAGUAUCCGGGAGCUGGCAGCAUGCGUCAGGCUGAUCUAG